UUUGCAGCCGACAUGUAUGAAGGUCUGUCCUCCUGUAUUAUUUAUGGGAACACAUCCAGAGCAUGGCACUGAGAGAGGUCACUCUUCAUGCUUCACGGGAAGCAUCUCAAAAACAAAGGCAAGGAAUCGCCUUCUUUACCUUUAAGUGGAGAAAGGGUUGUUUUGUUAAUCAGGAUGGUGGUUUUCACUGAGCUGUGAAUACAAAAGGCAGCUUUUCAAAUCGUUUUCCUGUCUCCAUGUUUUUUCUCUGGAUUGAAUGAUUUCUCACCCGAGAGUUCGUGGUUUAUUUAAAUGUUUGUUGGUCGUUUUACUGCUUUUUGAAUGGAUUGGCUCAGCUUGUCUUCCUAGUUUCUCCACCUUAUGCUUAAUUAUGAAUAAGUACCCUCUGUAAUGGAGGUCUUGUGAAGCAGGCUGCAGAAACAAAGCCUACACGCAUACUCAAAAAGGGUAAACCCGUUUUUCUGACUGGCUCAGCUGCUUUUUUAACCCUUUAAUACCAUGCAGCUCGUACUAUACACACAGAUUUUGGGACCUGCUGCAUCAGCUUUUAGUUCAAACUUUGUUUUAAAGAGUCCUUCUGAAUAGAAUCAUUCCUUUUUUAAAUGUUUUAGUUUAACGAUAAAGAAAACAUUAGUCACAUUUUAUUUGAAAAAAUCCUUUUUUUGCUUUUUUGUUACAAUGUCAAACAAAAAUAUUGGAUUUAAAAAAAAGGAAACAAAGAAGACUUCUCUGCCCAUUCAUUCUCGGAUCUGUUUGAAUCGUACCUCCUCGUCUCCUUUUGCUCUGAGUUUGUGGAAAGUUGAGAAAAAGCUGCCCCAGGACCAAACGGAGGCCCGGCGUUCGGCGCCGGCUCUGAUUGGCCUCCUGCCGGCUGGAGUUUGUGAGACGAGGGGAGGGCGUGUCUGCAGACGUCCGCCAGACGGAAAGCCAGUUUACGGCGGCUCAGAGGGAAGCUGGCCGCCUCAGCCAUCUCAUCUCUGACCCGGGAAGGCUCCAGCUUGUACAGCAGAAAUACAUGAACGUGCCACAGGGAGGCGGCGCCUCUAGCAUCCACUCCCCCCCCCCAAACGGGAGCACAGGCGUGCGGCUCUGCCAUGACACCCAGAGGGCGGCUUUCAUGGCGUGUCCUGGACCUCACCGGGGCCAGUCGGGUCCGGGCGUCGCCUCCGGCCGGCUGCAGCAGAGGCUGGAGCUGAGAAACGAGGCGGUCCACAGGGGCCCCGGGGGGGCCGCGGGCCGCCCCCCCAGCAGCCAGGCCGGGAGUCGGAGGACAGCCGCGGCGGCCCCCGGGGGGGGGGGCACCUUCUACCUGCGGGACUUUGUGCUGAUCGACGACGACGAGGACGGGGACAUGUCGCUGAGGGAGAAGACGGUGACCGACCUGUCGGCCGUGGACGGGAAGGCGGCCGAGCUGGUGUGCGGGAGGCUGCUGUCCACGUCCAGCGGCUCGCUGUCCGAGGGCGGGGGCGGGUCCUCGGCCCAGGAGCCUCCCAGAGCAGAGGGGGAGGGCGAGCCCGCCCCCCAGGAGAAACGCUGCUGUUUCUGUGCUCUUUUCUGA